UCAAGCACUCCUUUUCUUUCCCCCUUCUGUAUGUUUCCUUUCUCAAUCAUGUAUCAACCUCAGACUAGUAUAAUUAUUGGACAAUUUUUGACCGUGUUGUUGUAUUUCCAGCGAAUCAUACAACUAGGUAAGCAAACUUUUUCUGUAACAUGUCUUCGGUAAAAAUUAUAUCUGCUAACUGUCAGGGUCUGCACAAAUUUAAGAAAAGAAAAGAUGUCUUUCAAUAUUAUCGACAAACCAAAUGCAAUAUUUUAUGUUUACAAGACACUCAUUUCACUUGUGAUAUGGAAGAUAGUAUUCAAAACGAAUGGAGCAAUGAAGUUUAUUUCAAUUCUUUUACCUCAAAGUCCAGAGGAGUAGCAAUUUUUUUCAAUAACAAUUUUGAAUAUAAAGUACAUAAGAAUUUUACAAAUGAUUCUGGAAAUUUUGUGGUACUAGACCUCAACAUUCAAAGCCAUCGUUUAAGUUUGAUCACAGUGUAUGGUCCAAAUGAGGACACACGUACCCCUUUUUUAUGAAGAACUCUUUGAAAUUGUAAGUGAAAUAGGAAAUAAAGACAUAAUAGUUGUUUGUGAUUUUAAUCUUAUUAUGGAUCCCGAUAUGGAUUAUUACAAUUACCGGUAUCUUCAUCUUAACAAUCCUAAAGCAAGAGAUAAAGUAAUAGAAAAAAUAAAUCAAUUCAAUCUUAUUGACAUUUUUAGAGAAACUCACCCUGAUAAGAAAAGGUAUACAUGGCGUAAACCAACCCCUCUUAAACAAGCAAGACUAGAUUUCUUUUUAAUAUCAAAUACCCUACUGUGUAUGUCACAAGAAAGUGAAAUCAUAGCAAGUUAUAAGUCAGAUCAUUCACCAGUACUCCUUAGUCUAAAAUUUAAUGAAUUUACACAUGGAAAAGGUUUAUGGAAGUUCAAUAAUGCACUUUUAUAUGAUAAGGAAUUCCUAGAUGUUGUUAAUAAAAAAAUACAAGAAAUAAAACAAAAUUAUGCAGUACCUGUAUAUAACAAUGCAUCUAUUGACAAAAUUCCAAAUGAUGAAAUUCAAUUCACUGUCAAUGACCAGCUCUUUCUUGAAACACUAUUAAUGGAAAUCAUGGGCAAAUGUAUAUCAUAUUCUAGCUAUGCCAAAAAGAAAAAUAACGAAAAGGAGAAAUUUUUAAUAAACCAAAUAAAACAGUUGGAGGAAAAGUACAAAGAAAACAUUCAAACAAUUAAUUUUAAAAAGAAAGAAUUAGAAAAUAUCAGAAAUCACAAACUUAUGGGAAGUCUAGUAAGAUCAAGAGCUAAAUGGACCUGUGAAGGAGAGAAACCAACAAGUUACUUUCUUAAUCUUGAGAAUAGAAAUUUUGUAAAUAAAAUUGUCCCAAAAUUAAUAAAAGAAGAUUGUUCCGAAGAAAUUAAUGGACAAAAGGAAAUCCUGUUAGAGAUAGAAAAUUGUUAUAGAAAUCUAUAUCAAAACAAAGGUGAAUUUCAAGACUACGAUUUAAAUGAGAUUCUAGAAUCAGACUCUGAAAUUUUCAAAUUAAGCGAUACUCAAAGAAAUACCCUUGAAGGUGAAAUAACUUAUAAUGAAGCCUCUCACGUAUUGAAAAAAAUGUCGAAUAAUAAGAGUCCUGGAAGUGACAAUACUUAGGAGACUUUGUUAUUAGAUCAAUAAAUAACGGAUACAAUCUAGGGGAGUUAUCUGUUACACAAAAGCAGGGUAUAAUCACCUGCAUACCAAAAGAUGGAAAAAGUAAAUUUUACAUGAAAAAUUGGAGGCCAAUCUCUUUAUUAAAUGUAGUUUAUAAAAUAGGGUCAGGCUGCAUUGCUCAAAGAAUGAAAACAAUAAUCAGUUCAAUUAUCAGGGAUGGUGUAAAAGUAGUCCGGGACAUAUGUCCCGGACAUAUGUCCCGCGAUGUCCCAAUUUUCUAUUUCGCGUCUAACUUAUUUUCCAGUUACUUUUUUCAAAAACCGUUAAUUAGAUAUCAAAUGGCAUCUUAAUUUAAGUCGAUGGUAUUCUUUCUGCUUCAUAAAAAACACUUUUAAGUUAAAAAUCGCCAAUUUUCCUUCGUCGAAAGUGUAAAUGUAGUCCCGAGAAAUCGACAAUGUUUUUUUGAUUUCCGGUUUUUGUUUUGCCUUUGUAUAUACAUUUAAUAUACAUAUUUCUAUGUGUUUUUUCUUGUUGUUGUCUCCUUAUUAUUUGUUUAUGGUAGAAAUAUUAAUUAUUUAUCAACUUUUAACCUUAAAAGCAGUUAUUUACACUUUUCCCUGCGGGACAUUGAAGUUUACGCACAGCUGAAAAGAUAUAGUACAAUUGGAAACCCAACAAAGUUACAUUAUCAUCGUUCUGGCAAUGGGAUAUGUUGUACUGUUCGAAGUCCAUUUUUAAACUCUUAAUCAAUAAAUUUGAAUAUUGCGGGAGAAUACUCUACAAGCUUUUCUUGGUGUUGUGCCUGCGAGAAAUAAGCUGAUACAUUUUUAUGUUAUCACCAGUCCAGAUCUACAAUGAAUAUAUGUAAAUGUGUUCCAUUAUUUAUUUAAAUACAUAGAUAUGUUUUGCUUGUGCUCGUUAUAAGGUGACUAGGUUUCAGACACUAGUGCCCAUUGGAUAAUAUAAAACGUCUGUAAAAUGUGCACAUGUAAAUAAUAGAUUUAGUGCUUUUAACUGGCUUAACAAAUAUGUUUUACUAUUUUUCCAACAAUUAAAUGGCUCUUAAUAAAGGAGGCCUCCACGUGGCAAGAGCUGGGCAAGGUAUAUGAUAUAUAAAUGUGGUGCUAUACCGGCUAACAUCCUUUACAGAAUCGUUAUACGGAAUUGUAUAUACUACCCCUAUAGGGUUUUCGGUUUUACUUUUUCUUUUCUGUUUCUUGUGAACUGCUAUGUCCCGCGAAGAAAUGUGUAAACAAUUAUCUUAGGGAUUGAGAAUGACUUAAUAAUUAUGUUUAUAUUAUAAAACAAUAUUUGAUAUUCAAAUACAGUAUAUAAACAUACAGAAAUAUGUAUAUUUAAUGUAUAUACAAAGGCAAAACAAAAACCGGAAAUCAAAAAAACAUUGUCGAUUUCUCGGGACUACAUUUACACUUUCGACGAAGGAAA